AUGUGUAUUUCUACUAACUGCUCGUCCAUCUCAAAACCUAAGAGCACUGAAUUGCAUUGUCAAGUAACUUCUUCUACCAAGCUUACUUUUAACGAGCAAUCAUCUUCCGUGGCUUGUAACUCAUGCCUAAAGUUGAUCCAUGACCAAGUUUACUUUCAUUGUAAGGAUUGCCUAGAUUUUGAUGUCUGUCGAUCUUGUUACAGCAAUCAGGCAUUUUCUCAUUCUUGUCUGAAAGCGUCUUUCGAGAAGGUCACACAAACUCCUAAAACCAUACCCUUGCCAUUGCCUUCUCCAGUUAUGGGGUCUUCAGAGUUUAUGUACGCCAUAUGCGAUGCUUGUGAGCAGCCUAUCAGCAAUUUGCGUCUAAAAUGUGGCACUUGUGAUGAUUAUGAUCUUUGCAGUUCUUGUUUUCUUUUGAACGAGCACACAAAAACUCAUAGUUUUGUUCGAAUGACGAAGCCGUAUCCCAUUGGGAUUCCAUCUUUCCAACUUCCUCCUUCCUUUGCUUCAGAAACCGAUUUUUCUCGUGCAUCUCUGGUUCAUCGUUUUUCUCAAUGUGACUCUUGUCACGCUCAUCCCAUCGUGGGGAACCGCUACAAGUGUCUAAUUUGUAAGGAUUUCGACCUUUGCUCUAAGUGUGUGGAUCAUACCUUUCAUCAUAAUCAUGAAAUGCUUUGUUUAUCGCAUUCUUCUACUUCCUGCUCACCGUCCGGCUUCAAACCUAAAGAACUCCAUUACGAUUUUCAGCUCGUACAAGACUAUCUUCUACCUGCAAAUCCCGGGCCAAAGGCAUCUUGUAUCAAAAUCUGGCAAUUGAAAAACAUUUCUCUAGAGGCGUGGCCUGCUCCUCUUUUUUUGAAAUUUAACGGUGGUGAUCAACUCAUAAGUGAUGAAAACGAUUCCACUUUGCCUAUUAAACAUCGAGUCCAACCAGGUGAAAGUGCUCUCAUUGCUUUAUCUAUUAGAAUUCCCUCGGCUGAAAUAUCUAAGAAAACAUUCUUUUCUUUUUUCCAACUGGUCACCGAAUCUGGUAACGUCUUUCACAAAAACCUUUGCCUUUUUUAUACGAUCUCGACAACUGAUGAAUAA